AUCCAACAUGGCCGAAAAUCGCAAAUUCACCCCAGAAGCCUUGAUCACGGCUCCAAGACCGUCAGCCGCGGUUCCCAACGAUGAGGGCAAACUAGCCCUGUACACCGUCUCGACUUAUGAUCUAGACUCGCACACAAACUUCACCGACGUCAAGCUGCUGGACUUGGAAACCGGAACAUCGAGUCGGUACAGCAACAAUCCCAAGGAAAGUUCGUUCCGGUGGCUACGCAAGUCAUUUCUCUUGUGGCAACGCGAAGCAGAAAGCAAGGCUACUGAGCUCUGGAUUGGAGAUGCCAACCACAGCAUUAGACCAUACUUGGCGGGCACCAUCGACGCCAAUCUAGACAACGUCAAGACACACCGAUUGGACAACGGAGACAUUGCCCUGGUCUUCACUGCUGCAGCGGAUGCCGAGCAGAAUCUGUACAACACAUCCAAAACAGACAAGUCCCACAGCACCGCUCGGGAAUGGACCAAGAGUCGGCCCAAACGAUGGGAUACCUACGUCGACCAGUACCGCUCAGUCAUCUGGUACACAGUCCUAAAGUUCGAGGAGACCUCCCAGAAGUGGCAUCUGUCAACCAAUGGCCCCAUCAAUGCCCUACGAGGAACCGGCCUUGUCGUUCCUCUGUACUCCAAUUCAGCCAGCUCCACCGAUAUGGACAUAUCGAAGUAUGGAAUCCUGUUCGCAACCGCCAAGCCCGGGGACAGCGAAUGGCUCGAAACCCAAAAGUCCCUCUACUUCGUUCCAUUGUCGACCUUUGACGAGACCGAAGCGCCAACCCUCAAGCGAAUUCACAUCCCUGACCAUGCCGACAUCGUCAACGCCCCGACAUUCGCCCCUACCGGUCCUCUAGCAGCCUUUCUUGUGGACCAGACCAGCGAAGAAUGGUCCCACAAGAACAUCGGCCUCCUGAACGUCGAAACCCUAACUAUCACCUCCUUCCUCCGAACCACCGACUCCGAGUCCCAACCCUGGGAUGUCUUCCCGGACGAAAUCCUCUGGGCCAACGAUAACUCCUCCCUCUACCUAACCGCCAACCACCAAGCCAAAACGCGCCUCUUCCAAGUCCCUAUUCCCACAACCUCCUCCUCCGACACCCAAACCCACCUCGUCACCCCCACCCCCCUCGACAUCCCCGGCUCCAUCUCCUCAAUCCACCCCGUGAGCACCUCCCUCUCCAACCCCCACCUCCUCGCCACCUCCUCCUCCUUCAUCGAUCAAGGCACCUUCACCCUCCUCAACCCCACCACCCAAACCACCCAAACCCUCCACACCACCCAAACCCUCCACACCACCUCCUCCCACGGCGCCUACUUCAACAUCUCCUCCAACCAAAUCACCUCCAUAACCUUCCCCGGCGGGCCCGACGGCCACACUCCCGUCCAAACCUGGAUCAUCAAACCCUCCUGGUACAACCCCAACACCCCCGACAAACACCCCCUCUUCCUGUUCAUGCACGGCGGUCCCCACUCCGCCAACCGCGACGCCUGGACCUGGCGCUGGAAUGCCCUCCUCCUAGCCGAACAAGGCUACAUCGUCGCAAUCCCCAACUUCACCGGCUCCGAUUCCUUCGGCGGCCACUUCGCCAAAUCCGUCUCCCUCCAAUGGGGCGGACACCCCUACCACGACAUCGAGCGGUGCUUCAACUGGGUCGAACAAAACCUCUCCAGUAAAUGCGAUAUCGAUCGGGCUGUCGCCGCCGGCGCAAGCUACGGCGGAUACAUGGCUCUCUACGUCGCAGGCCAACCUCUCGCGAAGCGUCUCAAAGCCCUAGUCUGCCAUGACGGCGUGUUCGACGUCGUCUCGGAACUCCUCAGCGACGAUCUCGCCGAAAAGGAAGAACUCACCCGCUCGUUCGGAUCCCCGUACUUCACCAACACGGAAAAUGCAGCCCUUGAUCCUGCCAGCGCGAAGGAAAUCUGGAGGAAAUAUAACCCCGCGGAGUAUUUGACUAAUUGGUCCACUCCGUUAUUGGUUAUUCAUUCGGAUAAGGAUUACCGGUGUCCGAGUACGGCUGGGUGGGCGGCCUAUGCGGUGUGUAGGUUGAAGGGGAUUGAGACGAGGAUGUUGAAUUUUCCGGAUGAGAAUCAUUUCGUGCUGGGGAAGGAGAAUGCGUUGGUUUGGUGGAGGACGGUUAUUGGGUGGUGUAAUCGGUUUGUUGGGAUGGAGGCGGGGGAAGGGGCGGUGGUGUUGGAGGAGAAGGCGAGGAGUGAACCGAGGUGGUUGGGGGAGGUGGUCGAGGGGAGGGUCGUGGAUGUUUAG